AUGCAGGCAUCUCUAGAGUCACUCGUCGGCGAUGGUGGUAAUGGGGCGGUUGGGUUACUGCAUGUUGCCAGGUGGGAGUCGGUGCUCUGCACCUGCUUCUCCUAUACUGGUUUCCGGACUGCGGACUCCCACCCAUGCGGGGCGGGCACACUAUUCACCCAGGUAGAGGAUGCUGAUGUGGUAGAGGUGCCUGGGAUGUUCGCCCAGGCUGAGGCUGAGGUGCAUGGGAUGUUCACCCACGCUGAGGUGCAUGGGAUGUUCACCCAGGCUGAGGUGCAUGGGAUGCUCACCCAGGCUGAGGUGCAUGGGAUACUCACCCAGGCUGAGAUGCAUGGGAUGUUCACCCAGGCUGAGGCUGAGGUGCAUGGGAUGCUCACCCAGGCUGAGGUGCAUGGGAUGCUCACCCAGGCUGAGGUGCAUGGGAUGCUGCAGGCAAAGCUGGGCGAGGCUGCUAGGUGUUGGGAGUCUGGGACAAGCAAAGGGAGUCUUGGAGUUUGCUUCCUUAAGAGCAAGCAGAGGGCGAAGGAUGUGCGUGGACUGAACAAGAGUCACCAGCAGGUCACUGGUAGCAGCACGCUGCUGGGUGCAUGUAGUUACCUUCCGCAAGGAAGAAAGCGGGAGCAGGAGGUGCAUGCUGUGAGGGACGUGGGCUGCCCACGAGAUAGUGCAGGUUCAGCCUCCCUAAAGCUCUACAGCCCCCUCAGAUCUACCCUCUCAGGUUCCCUCGGGAGUCUGUGGCUUGUGUGGCUAUGUCUCCUCCACUGGCGCCUUGCCCUCUUCCCCUCCGUUCGACAUCGCCGCCCGCACAUCCCCCUUCUAAUUUGCCUGCCUUUCUGCCCUCUUGUUCCUCUCUGUCUCUCCCGUUUCGACCCCCUCCACUUCUCUUUUUUUCCCUUCCCCCAGGAUCUAGGGGGCUGUGAAGCUGGUUGA